GCUCUUUUUCAGCGUUAAGGACCAGGAACCCAGCCUGGCCCGUCCGCCAGCUCUGGAAGCACGGCGUGCGCUCAGGCCUCGCCACCCGCGGUCACCCUCUGGCCGGAACGCCACUUCCGGAUCACUGGUGUCUCCACUUUACCGGUCCGCUGCCACCCCACCUCCGCCCCGGCACUUCCUAGAGCUUCGCCCUAGCCACUGGCCUGGUCGAAGCCGGGGCCGACGCUAGAGGAGCGCCAAGAGCUCUGCGGGAGAACGCAUCAAGUGUCUUCUCCAGCGUGAGGGACCUCUAUGGGCUGCGAAGGCACGGAGCGGUGGCGGUGGAGGGACAGUUUGUUCUGAGUUCCGAGCGGAGCACACCCGGAAGUGGCGCGGUACGGGAGCGGUGCGGCCGCCGGGGGGGCGGGUGCCAGCUUCUGACGUUGGCUCCUAGCGUUAAAAUAUGCUGGAGUCCUAUGUAACUCCAAUUUUAAUGAGCUAUGUGAAUCGCUACAUCAAGAACUUAAAGCCUUCCGAUCUGCAGCUUUCACUAUGGGGUGGAGACGUGGUUCUGAGCAAGCUCGAGUUAAAGUUGGAUGUCCUGGAACAGGAACUGAAAUUACCAUUCACAUUUUUAAGUGGACAUAUUCAUGAAUUGAGGAUUCAUGUACCAUGGACAAAACUGGGUUCAGAACCAGUGGUAAUUACCAUCAAUACAAUGGAAUGCAUUUUGAAACUUAAGGAUGGAAUGCAGGAUGACCAUGAAAGCUGUGGUUCUAAUUCCACCAACCGCAGUGUUAAUGAGAGCACAAAAUCAUCAAUAAAACCCCGAAGAAUUCAGCAGGCUGCGCCUACAGAUCCUGAUUUACCACCAGGUUAUGUGCAGAGUCUGAUUAGACGAGUUGUAAAUAAUGUAAACAUUGUUAUAAAUAAUCUCAUUUUAAAAUAUGUUGAAGAUGAUAUUGUUCUUUCAGUCAAUAUUACUUCAGCAGAAUGCUAUACAGUAGGUGAAUUAUGGGAUCGCGCAUUUAUGGAUAUUUCUGCAACUGAUCUGGUGUUGAGAAAGGUUAUCAAUUUUUCUGACUGUACAGUUUGUCUUGAUAAACGAAAUGCCAGUGGUAAAAUAGAAUUUUACCAGGAUCCUUUAUUAUACAAAUGUUCCUUCAGGACUCGUCUGCAUUUUACAUAUGAUAACCUAAAUUCCAAGAUGCCCUCUGUUAUUAAAAUUCAUACCUUAGUGGAGAGUUUGAAACUUUCUAUCACCGAUCAACAACUCCCUAUGUUUAUCCGCAUAAUGCAACUUGGGAUUGCUCUUUACUAUGGAGAAAUAGGCAAUUUUAAAGAUGGAGAAACAGAAGAUCCUACUUGUCACAAUAAAGAUAUGUUAGGAAACAUUUCGGAUACUGAUGAUGAAACAAGAAUAGAUAUGCAGUAUCCUGCUCAGUACAAAGGCCAAGAAUUGUAUCCACAGCAAGAUGAUGAACAGCAACAGGGAUGGGUAUCAUGGGCAUGGUCAUUCGUACCUGCAAUUGUGAGUUAUGACGAUGGUGAAGAAGACUAUCUUGGUAAUGAUCCUGCGUCAACCAUGCAUCAGCAAAAAGCACAGACUUUGAAGGAUCCUAUUGUUUCUAUAGGAUUUUACUGCACAAAGGCAACUGUGACUUUUAAGCUCACUGAAAUGCAAGCCGAGAAUAGUUAUUACAGUCCCCAGAAAGUAAAAUCUAAAGAAGUAUUGUGUUGGGAACAAGAAGGAACUACAGUUGAGGCGCUUAUGAUGGGAGAACCUUUCUUUGACUGCCAGAUUGGGUUUGUAGGUUGCAGAGCCAUGUGCCUUAAAGGAAUUAUGGGUGUAAAAGAUUUUGAAGAGAAUAUGAAUAGAAGUGAAACUGAAGCCUGUUUCUUCAUUUGUGGUGAAAAUUUGAGUACAAAAGGUUUGACGUACCUUACAAAUUCUUUAUUUGAUUACCGGAGCCCAGAAAAUAAUGGUACUCGUGCAGAAUUUAUCUUGGAUGCAGCUCAUCAUAAGGAGACUUACACUGAGAUGGCUGGAAUGCAAAGAUUUGGGGCUUUUUACAUGGAUUACCUGUAUACAAUGGAGAAUACCAGUGGCAAAGGUUCUGCAAAUCAACAAGACUUUUCCUCAGGAAAAAGUGAAGAUGUGGGAAUAGUCCAAGAGAAGUCUACUAAAAGCCUUGUUAUAGGUCCCCUUGACUUGCGCUUGGAUAGCAGUGCAGUACAUAGGAUUUUGAAAAUGAUUGUUUGUGCUUUGGAACAUGAAUAUGAGCCAUAUAGUAGGCUAAAACCAGAUAUGAAGGAUGAAAAUGAAAGAAUACUGAAUCCUGAAGAAGUAGCUUCCCUGGAGGAAUAUAUUCCUACUCGACAUACAACUAUUACUCUCCUCAAAUGUACCUGUACAAUUUUCAUGGCUGAAUUCAACUUGUUGGACCACUUGAUACCUGUCAUUAUGGGAGAAAAGACCUCAAGUAACUUCAUGAAUGCUACAAAUUUCCAGUCUCUUCGACCUUUGCCAUCCAUUCAGAUACUUGUGGAUAAAGUUAAUCUGGAACAUUCUGUGCCAAUGUAUGCAGAACAGUUGGUGCAUGUGGUCAGCAGCCUUACUCAGCCUUCGGAUAAUCUGCUUCAUUAUUGCUAUGUGCACUGUUACCUUAAGAUAUUCGGUUUCCAGGCAGGACUAACGUCUUUGGAUUGUAGUGGAUCUUAUUGCUUACCUGUACCGAUUAUUCCCUCUUUCAGUACUGCUCUUUAUGGUAAACUUCUGAAACUCCCCACAUGCUGGUCUAAAAGAUCUCAGAUUGCUAUAACUGAAGGUAUAUUUGAACUUCCAAAUCUUACAAUUCAAGCUACAAGAGCACAGACACUUCUGCUGCAAGCAAUCUAUCAAAGUUGGUCUCAUAUUGGAAAUGUCAGCUGUUCAGCAGUGAAUGAAGCUUUGAUGAAUGAAGUCUUCCAAAGUAUAGGUGUGAAAUCUAAGAAUCCCCUGCCAACUCUUGAGGGCUCUAUCCAGAAUGUUGAAUUGAAGUACUGCAGCACAUCAUUGGUCAAAUGUGCCUCUGGGACCGUGGGAUCAAUAAAAAUUUGUGCCAAAGCCCCAGGUGACAGUGGAAAAGAGAAAUUGAUUCCUUUGCUUCAAGGUCCUUCUGACACGAAAGACCUUCACAGCACAAAGUGGCUAAAUGAGAGUAGAAAGCCAGAAUCCCUCUUAGCUCCAGAUUUGAUAGCAUUCACAAUCCAAGUUCCACAGUGUAUGGACUACUGCCACAACUCUGGUGCGGUACUUCUUUGUAAUGUACAAGGAUUGGCAGUUAAUAUUGACCCAGUCUUAUACACAUGGCUUAUUUAUCUGCCUCAGAAACGAACAAGCCGACAUAUGCCACAGCAGCCUGUGGUAGCUGUUCCUCUUGUUAUGCCAAUUAAUAGAAGGAAAGAAGAUGAGGUGUCUGUUGGAAGUGCACCCUUGGCAAAGCAGCAGUCGUAUCAGGCCUCUGAAUAUGCCAGCAGUCCUAUAAAAACGAAAACAGUAACAGAAUCCCGACCAUUGUCAGUUCCUGUGAAAGCCAUGCUGAGUGUAUCCAAAGGCUGUAGAAGUCCAGAAGAAAGAAUGAAAGAAUUUAUUGGAAUCGUAUGGAAUGCAGUGAAGAGACUCACACUACAGCUUGAAUUACAGUCUUGUUGUGUGUUCAUUCCAAAUGAUAGCCUGCCUUCUCCAAGUACAAUUGUGUCCGGUGAUAUUCCUGGAACAGUAAGAAGUUGGUACCAUGGACAAACCAGCAUGCCAGGAACACUUGUUCUCUGUUUGCCUCAAAUAAAGAUUAUUAGUGCUGGUCACAAGUAUAUGGAGCCUCUGCAGGAGAUUCCGUUUGUCAUACCACGACCCAUCCUCGAAGAAGGUGAUGCUUUUCCUUGGACCAUCAACUUGCAUCAUUUUAGCAUAUAUACCCUCCUUGGAAAACAAGUGACUCUUUCUUUAGUGGAGCCUAUGGGCUGUACCUCUACCCUAGCUGUCACAUCUCAGAAACUCCUCGCUACGGGACCUGAUACUAGACAUUCAUUUGUUGUCUGUCUUCAUGUUGACCUAGAAUCACUGGAGAUAAAAUGCUCUAAUCCCCAGGUCCAGCUCUUCUAUGAGCUAACUGAUACCAUGAAUAAGGUCUGGAAUAAGAUUCAGAAGAGAGGCAAUCUCAAUCUUUCUUCAACCUAUCCAGAGACAAUUGCCGGGCCUGUCCCUAAUUCUCCAGUUAGAAGCAGUGUAGGCACAGCUCCUCCGGAUACUAGCACAUGCAGCCCAUCUGCUGACAUUGGAACUACUACUGAGGGAGACUCUAUACAAGCAGGAGAUGAUUCACCAUUCUCAGAUUCUGUUACCUUGGAGCAAACUACCAGUAACAUUGGUGGAUCUAGUGGACGUGUUAGUCUGUGGAUGCAGUGGGUACUCCCCAAAAUUACUAUCAAGCUGUUUGCUGCAGAUCCUGACAAUAAAGGCACAGAGGUUUGUAUGGUCAGUGAACUAGAGGAUCUCAGUGCUUCCAUAGAUGUCCAGGAUGUAUAUACUAAAGUGAAAUGUAAAAUUGAGAGUUUCAAUAUUGAUCAUUAUCGAAGCAGCCUUGGGGAAGAGUGUUGGUCUCUGGGGCAGUGUGGAGGUGUCUUCCUCUCCUGCACCGACAAGCUGAACAGACGCACCUUGUUGGUUCGACCCGUCAGCAAGCAGGACCCUUUCAGUAAUUGCCCUGGCUUCUUUCCUUCUACAACUACAAAACUUCUAGAUGGUUCUCAUCAGCAGCAUGGAUUUCUCUCUCUGACAUAUACAAAAGCUGUAACGAAAAAUGUCCGCCACAAGUUAACAUCGAGAAACGAACGAAGAUGCUUUCAUAAAUUAUCUGAAGGUUUAACAGAUGGUUCCCCUCAUUUUCUUCAUGAAAUUCUUCUUUCAGCACAAGCCUUUGAUAUUGUCCUCUGUUUUCCUUUACUUAAUGCCAUUGCAAGUAUAUUUCAAGCAAAACUACCAAGAACCCAAAAGGAGAAAAGAAAGUCUCCUGGUCUUCCCAUGAGGACCCAUACACUGACUUCUCGCAGUUUACCAUUGAUUUAUAUCAACACAAGUGUGAUCAGAGUUUUUGUUCCAAAAACAGAAGAAAUGCAGCCAGCUGUUGAAGUGAAUCAAGAAGGCAAAGAAGACACCAUGGUUUUGAAGAUUGGCUCUGUUGCCAUGGCACCCCAGGCUGACAAUCCCCUUGGCAGAUCUGUCCUCAGGAAAGAUAUUUACCAAAGAGCCUUGAAUUUAGGAAUUCUUCGAGAUCCUGGGUCAGAAAUUGAAGACAGACAAUAUCAAAUAGAUCUGCAGUGCAUCAAUAUUGGUACUGCACAGUGGGAUCAACUGAAACCAGAGAAGGAAAGUGGAACAGGAGGGGCACUACCAGAAAGUGAAAGGAACUCCCAGAAUCCAGCCCUCGAGUGGAAUAUGGCCAGCAGCAUACGGCGACAUCAAGAAAGGAGAGCAAUUCUUACCCCCAUUUUGACAGAUUUUUCUGUCCGGAUAACUGGAGCACCUGCCAUCACUUUCACCAAAAUAAUUUCUCCUGAAAAUUUGCAUACUGAGGAGAUUUUAGUGUGUGGCCAUUCCUUGGAAGUGAAUAUAACCACAAAUCUGGACUUCUUCCUAAAUGUGGCUCAAGUUCAACUCUUACAUCAGUUAAUAGUAGCAAAUAUGACUGGGCUGGAACCAUCAAACAAGACCACAGAGAUUUCUAAACAAGAACAGAAGAAAAUGGAUACAUUUGAUGGAGGCAUGGCUGAAACCUCAUCUCGGUACAGUGGUGCUCAGGAUAGUGGAAUUGGCAGUGACAGUGUUAAAAUCAGAAUAGUACAAAUAGAGCAACACAGUGGGGCCAGUCAGCACCGCAUUGCCCGUCCUUCACGCCAGUCAUCAAUUGUAAAAAAUCUAAAUUUUAUUCCCUUUGACAUAUUUAUUACUGCAAGUCGAAUCUCACUAAUGACCUAUUCCUGUACCGCAUUACCCAAACCGAAAUCACCAGAACAGAAGGAUGAUGAAAAAACAGACAAGAGUUCAUCAGAUCUCCCAGAAGUUGAUUCCAAAGUUAUGAAGCCCAGCCAGGCAUGUAUUUCCACCGUGACAGCAGAAGAUCUCUUGAGCAGCAGCAUAUCUUUUCCAUCAGGGAAAAAAAUAGGUAUCCUCUCUCUGGAAAGUCUGCACGCAUCCACAAGGUCAUCUGCUAGACAGGCGCUUGGUAUCACUAUCGUCCGGCAGCCUGGUCGAAGAGGAACCGGUGACUUAGAGCUAGAACCUUUCCUGUACUUCGUUGUGUCCCAGCCUUCCUUGCUUCUGAGUUGUCACCACAGAAAGCAGCGAGUGGAAAUAUCUAUUUUUGAUGCUGUCCUUAAAGGGGUAGCCUCUGAUUACAAAUGCACGGAUCCUGGGAAGACCCUGCCAGAAGCCCUUGAUUAUAGCACUGUGUGGCUGCAGACAGUGCCUGGAGAAGUAGACAGUAAAAGUGGGAUCCCACCUUCCCUCAUCACGCUGCAAAUCAAAGACUUCCUCAACGGACCAGCCGACAUCAACUUGGAUAUAUCAAAGCCUUUGAAAGCAAACCUGAGUUUUACCAAACUGCACCAAAUGAACCACUUUUUAAAGAAGAUAAAACGUGCACAUGGCCUUGCACAUAGCAAAGAGACUUCUGACACCACGGGGAAUAAGGACGAGCUUCUAGUCUCCAAAGGUUACCGUGGAAAGUUGUCCAAACCUAAAGUUCAUGGAGAUGGCGUGCAGAAGGUUUCUGUUCAGGAAAACAUAUGGAGAGCUAUUUCCUCCUUUCAAAAAAUUUCUGCCCAUACCACUCAGAUUGUGGUCUCCAUGGAAACUGUUCCCCAUCCUAGUAAGCCAUGCCUGUUAGCAUCUCUAUCAAACCUCAGUGGAAGCCUUCAUGUCAAAGCAGCACAGAAAGUACCUGGCAUAAUUCUUGGAUCAUCAUUUCAACUCUGCAUAAAUGAUUUUCUCCUUAAAACAAGUCUCAAUGAAAGAAGUCGGAUUUUGGUAGGACCAUGUUGUGCCACUGCCGAUCUGGAAGCUAGAUGGUGUAAACACAGUGGCAACCCAGGUCCAGAACACUCCAUACCAAAAAUAUCCGUCGAUUUAAGAGGUGGUCUGCUACAGGUCUUCUGGGGUCAAGAACAUUUGAAUUGUAUAGUUCUUCUGCAUGAAUUACUGAGUGAUUACCUCAAGAAAAAUGGAAAUGUACACAUCUCUGAACCCAUGUCUCAAAUGUCAUCUCCUGUGGAAAAGAACCAGACUUUUAAAAGUGAACAGAGUUCAGAUGACCUACGCACGGGUCUGUUUCAGUAUAUACAAGAUGCUGAACCUUUGAAACUACCUGGUGUCUAUGAAGUCUUGUUCUGUAAUGAAACUGAAGAUAGCCCAGGGAUGAUGCUGUGGAGAUACCCGGAACCUAGAGUGCUUACCCUGGUCCGGAUAACUCCCGUGCCUUUCAACACCACAGAGGAUCCAGACAUUAGCACAGCAGACCUCGGAGAUGUGCUUCAGGUUCCUUGUAGUUUGGAAUACUGGGAUGAACUCCAGAAAGUUUUUGUUGCAUUUCGAGAAUUUAGUCUGUCUGAAAGCAAAGUUUGUGAACUGCAACUACCAGAUAUUAAUCUGGUGAAAGACCAGAAGAAACUGGUCUCUUCAGAUCUUUGGAGAAUUGUUUUGAACAGCAAUCAAAAUGGAGCUGAUGACCAAAGCUCUGCAAGUGAAUCUGGUUCUCAAAGCACUUGUGAUCAACUUGUAACUCCAACAGCACUGGCUGCCUGUACCAGAGUCGAUUCCUGUUUUACUCCAUGGUUUGUCCCGUCUCUUUGCAUUUCCUUACAGUUUGCUUACCUGGAAUUCCAUCUUUGUCAUCACCUUGAUCAGCUGGGCACAGCCCCACCACAGUACCUACAACCAUUCAUUUCUGAUAAAAACGUGCCGUCUGAAUUAGAAUACAUGAUUGUGUCCUUCAGAGAGCCACACGUGUAUCUUAGACAAUGGAGCAAUGAUUCCAUGAGUCAGGAAAUCCGGUUCUCGGCUCAGGCUGACUGUAGGCUGCUGGAGUGCAGAAAUGUUACGAUGCAAAGCGUGGUGAAGCCCUUUGGCCUCUCUGCACAGAUCGCAGUCUCCAGCCAUGUGACAGCAAAGCUGCUGGACUGCACCGUGAUGAUGGACUCUGUAUUUGUAAACUUUGGACAGCAUGUAGUUCAUUCUCUAAACACUGCGAUACAAGCUUGGCAACAGAACAAACGCCCUGAGGCGGAGGAGUUGGUCUUCAGCCAUUUCGUGAUCUGUAACGACACACAGGAGACACUGCGCUUCGGCCAGGUGGACACCGAUGAAAACAUCGUGCUGCCGAGCCUCCGCAGCCACCAGUACAGUUGGCGCGCCCACAAGUCCCCACAGCUGCUGCACAUCUGUAUUGAAGGUUGGGGCAACUGGCGAUGGUCAGAGCCCUUCAGUGUGGACCAUGCCGGAACUUUUAUUAGAACAAUUCAGUACAAGGGCCGAACCGCUUCACUCAUCAUCAAGGUUCAGCAACUCACUGCAGUGCAAAAACAGAUUAUCAUCUGUGGGAGACAGAUCAUCUGUAGUUACUUGUCUCAAAGCAUAGAACUGAAAGUCGUUCAGCAUUACAUCGCUCAAGAUGGCCAGGCUGUGGUUCGAGAACAUUUUGACUGCCUCAUGGCCAAGCAGAAGCUGCCGUCCUAUGUCCUGGAAAACAGCGAGCUGACAGAGCUAUGUGUGAAGGCCAAAGGAGAUGAGGACUGGUCAAGGGACGUGUGCCUGGAAUCCAAAGCCCCUGAGGAUAGCAUUGUCAUUCAGGUGCCAUCUUCAAACGGCUCCAUUAUUUAUGUGUGGUGCACAGUUUUGACUUUAGAACCUAACUCUCAAGUACAGCAACGAAUGAUUGUGUUCAGCCCUCUGUUUAUCAUGAGGAGUCAUCUUCCAGACCCCAUUAUCAUACAUUUGGAGAAAAGGAGUUUGGGGUUGAGCGAAUCACAAGUUAUUCCAGGAAAGGGCCAGGAAAAAACACUGCAGAACAUAGAACCUGACCUCGUGCACCACCUGACAUUCCAAGCAAGAGAAGAAUAUGACCCUUCAGAUUGUGCAGUUCCCAUCUCAACAUCCCUCAUUAAGCAAAUAGCCACCAAGAUACAGCCUGGAGGCACAGUCAAUCAGAUUCUUGAGGAAUUCUAUGGAACAGAAAAGUCCAUUCAACCCAUGUGGCCCUAUAAUAAGAAAGAUUCUGAAAGGAAUGAGCAGCUGAGCCAGUGGGAUAGCCCAAUGCGAGUGAAGCUGUCAGUCUGGAAGCCAUAUGUUAGAACCUUGUUGAUAGAACUUCUACCUUGGGCCCUGCUUAUCAAUCAGUCCAAGUGGGACCUCUGGCUGUUUGAAGGAGAGAAGAUUGUUCUACAGGUUCCUGCUGGGAAAAUUAUUAUUCCUCCUAAUUUUCAGGAAGCUUUUCAAAUUGGAAUAUACUGGGCAAAUACAAACACUGUGCACAAGUCAGUAGCAAUUAAACUGGUCCAUAACCUGACAUCUCCGAAGUGGAAAGAUGGAGGUAACGGGGAAGUCGUGACAUUGGAUGAAGAAGCAUUUGUUGAUGCUGAAAUAAGACUUGGUGCUUUCCCAGGGCAUCAGAAGUUAUGUCAGUUCUGCAUUUCCUCCAUGGUACAGCAAGGUAUCCAGAUUAUUCAGAUUGAAGACAAGACUACAAUAAUCAACAAUACCCCGUACCAACUGUUUUAUAAACCUCAGUUAGCUGUCUGCAGUCCCUGUUCUGGAAAGGAGCAUUUCCACGUUCCAGACAGUGCGACUUUUAGCAUUUGCCCAGGUGGAGAGCAGCCUGCACUGAAAUCCAGUUCCCUUCCUUGCUGGGACUUACUGCCUGACGUCAGCCUGUCGGUGUUGGAUGCAUCGUUGCUUCAGAAACAGAUCUUGCUGGGCUUUUCCCCAGCCGCAGGGGCCGACGGCCCACAGUGCUGGAGCCUGCCAGCCGUGGUUAGACAAGAGUUUCCCAGACAGAGUGUGGCAGUGCCCUUGGGGGAUUUUAGGGAAAAUGGUUUCUGCACCAGGGCUGUAGUGCUGACGUACCAAGAACACUGCGGGGUGACUUAUUUAACCCUCUCAGAAGACCCUAGUCCUCGAGUGAUUUUCCACAACAGAUGUCCAGUAACGGUGCUUAUCAAGGAAAAUACUAAAGAUAUUCCAAAGUUUGAAGUUUAUUGCAAAAAAAUUCCUCCUGAGAGCUCAGUUCAUCACGAGCUGUAUCAUCAGAUUUCCAGUUACCCAGACUGCAAGACCAAAGACUCCCUCCCUAGCCUUCUUUUGAGAGUUGAACUACCAGACAGAAUAAUAACUGAGUGGAGUGAUGCCAUCGACAUCAACAGUCAGGGAACGCAGGUCUUGUUCUUGACUGGCUUUGGCUCUGUGUAUGUGGACGUUGUACAUCAGUGUGGAACAGUCUUCAUCACCGUGGCCCCAGAAGGGAAAGCAGGACCCAUGGUAACCACGACCAGCAGGACCCUGGAGAAGAUCGUUACGUUUAAAACGUUCGUCACGCAGCUGAGCCUGGCCGUGUUUGAUGACCUCAGCCACCACAAAGCGUCCGCGGAACUUCUGAGGCUCACGCUGGACAACGUCUUGGUGCACGCGGGCCCUGGGGCCAGUGCGCUGCCCGGGGAGGAGCCCGCCGCCGCCCUCUUCCAGCUGCACUGUAUAGAGGUCUACUGUGGGGACCUGCAGGUGGACAACCAGCUCUAUAACAAGUCCAACUUCCACUUUGCGGUCUUGGUCUGCCAGGGAGAAAAGCCAGAGCCCACCCAGUGUUCCAAAACGCAGAGUCUCCUCGCGUCCGGCACCGACCUGGAGGAGUACAAGGAAAACUGCUUUAUCAAGCUUUACGUCACCUUAACCGAUGGCAAGAGCUCUUGGCUUGAUAUUAACGAGUUCACCUUUGAACUGAAGCCCGCCCGGCUGUACGUGGAAGACACGUUUGUGUACUACAUCAAAACCUUGUUCGACUCGUACCUUCCCAGCUGCAAGCCGGGGGCGCCCUGCGGGGCUCAGCAGGAGCUGCCCGCACAGGUGACCCAGCACGCCAGGGCCCUGGUGAACCCUGUGAAGCUCCGCAGGCUGCUGAUCCAGCCGGUGAGUCUGCUCGUCAGCAUCCACGCCUCCCUCAAGCUGUACAUCGCCUCCGACCACACGCCUCUCGCCUUCUCCAUGUUUGAGCGAGGCCCAGUCUUCACCACCGCACGGCAGCUCGUGCACGCCCUGGCCAUGCACUACGCCGCCGGGGCCCUUUUCCGAGCAGGCUGGGUGGUUGGGUCCCUGGAGAUCCUCGGCAGCCCGGCGAGCCUGGUGCGAAGCAUCGGGAACGGCGUCGCCGACUUCUUCAGGCUUCCGUAUGAGGGGCUGACGCGGGGCCCCGGCGCCUUCGUGAGCGGAGUUUCCAGAGGAACGACCUCGUUCGUGAAGCACAUCUCCAAAGGUACCCUCACGUCCAUCACCAAUCUGGCCACCAGCCUGGCCCGGAACAUGGACCGGCUGUCACUGGAUGAGGAGCACUACAACCGGCAGGAGGAGUGGCGGCGGCAGCUCCCGGAGAGCCUGGGCGAGGGGCUGCGGCAGGGCCUGUCCCGGCUGGGCAUCAGCUUGCUGGGGGCAAUCGCGGGCAUCGUGGACCAGCCCAUGCAGAACUUCCAGAGGACGUCGGAGGCCCAGGCCUCGGCGGGACACAAAGCCAAGGGCGUCAUCUCGGGCGUGGGGAAAGGACUCAUGGGGGUGUUCACCAAGCCCAUCGGAGGCGCGGCCGAGCUCGUGUCCCAGACCGGCUAUGGUAUCCUCCACGGAGCUGGACUUUCUCAGCUUCCCCGGCAGCGCUAUCAGCCCAGCGAUCUACGUGCUGACCAGGCCCCAAACAGCCACGUCAAAUACGUCUGGAAAAUGCUGCAGUCUCUGGGCCGCCCAGAAGUCCACAUGGCCCUGGACGUGGUCCUGGUGAGGGGCUCGGGCCAGGAGCACGAAGGGUGCCUGCUGCUGACGUCAGAAGUGCUCUUCGUGGUGAGCGUCAGCGAGGACACCCAGCAGCAGGCCUUCCCCGUCACGGAGAUCGACUGCACGCAGGACAGCAAGCAAAACAACCUGCUCACCGUGCAGCUCAAGCAGCCGAGGGUGGCCUGUGACGUGGAGGUGGAUGGAACGCGGGAGAGACUGUCAGAGCAACAGUACAACAGACUUGUGGACUACAUCACCAAGACAGCUUGUCACCUGGCCCCCAGCAGCUCUUCCGUGCAAACACCUUGCCCCGUGGUGGCUGUGGAGCCUCCCCCCUCCACUGUUAAAACCUACCAUUACUUGGUGGAUCCACAUUUCGCUCAGGUCUUCGUAAGUAAAUUUGUCAUGGUGAAAAAUAAAGCCCUGAGGAAAGGGUUCCCUUGAGACCAGAGGUAACCGACUCCUGCUUGUGCACUUUAUUUUUGAAAAGCAGAAACCUGGCUACAGCCAAUGUGAGUAUAACGUCAACAUCUUGCUAUUUAGUAGUAACAUUCUCCCUAAAACACCGAAGAUUCUUUAAAAUCAAGUAACCCAAAGUUUGUUUCCCUCCUGAAGACAACAGUGUACAGAAUCCUUCAUGUUGUAUUCUAAGUACACACAGAAAAUGCAUUCCUUUCUGCUCCAUAAUGCUGUCUCCCAAAACUUCCUCUAUAAUUUGGAUCUGGUCACUCUCUAAAGCAAAAUGUGGUCAGGAGUGAGUUAGGAGAAUUGGAGUUAAAAUUUCAUUCCUAAUUGCAUCUGGUUGGGCACUCAGUGUGCAGAGGUUUCGAUUCUUGUUUAACUUGGUAACUCUAACUUGUAUGUGAUGCUACUCUUGCUAACAGCUGCUAUAUACAUACUCCCUUUGAAGUCUGCAAACUACUAGAAUUUGCGAGUCUGAUAACACUGCAGGUGCAUUUUGGAAAACAAGUGUCCAAUUUGUGUUUACUAGACAAGCUCACAAACCUCCUGUGUCUAUCAGUACUCAGGAAGCUUAGCUCCGUGAAAGAAACCAAACCUCCUAGGAACUCCCUGGGCACUGGAGGAGAGUUAAGAACCCCAGUUAAUGCUGACAAUAACAGAGGUCCAGAUAGUUCACUCUGCUGAGUUGACUUGAUAAAGCAUAAAAAUAUUCCCAGUGUCUAAGAAUGGGUUUGGCUCAAAUUCCCAGGUCACCAGAAUUCUUCAGUGUUCAGUAAAUAGUCUAAUGAAAUUAAAACAUGUUUUCAAAAGACAUCUGAACCUGGGACUUACAAUUUUGAAAUGCUAAGAAAAUGCAAUUUCAAAUGUCCACUGAUCUUUAAUUCUCCCAUGUUGUUGGAUGUAAGAAUUCAUUACAUAACUUCCUGGAAACUACGACUGUAGAGACCAUUCAGGGUGACUAUGACAAAUGGAUUUAGGGAAGUGACAGUUUUAUCAAUCUCCAGAGUAUUUUUAAGAAUGUAAAUAUGUAUUCUUUUAUGGAAAUUUUGCAUACUGCUUCUAAGAACCAUUAUAUAAAAAUGUUUAAAAUAAAAAGUAUCCUUGAAUUACCAUA